AUGAAGGUCUCAUUCUCUGUCGUUGCGGCUAUGGCCCUCGCCUUUGCUUCUUCCGCCAACGCCUGGCGUUUGAACGCCUACCAGCUCCAGAACUCUGAGGGUCCCAAGUUCACUGCCGGAGGACCUGGUGGUUCUGGAAGUGCCUGCCACAGCGUUGGUGACCUCAACAACAAGAUCUCCUCCCUUGAAUGGUACUCCGACGACCCAACCCACCAUACUCGUUGCUGCUUCGUCCCCUUCAACGGCCUGGGUUGCACCGGUGACCUGGGCCAGAGCUGGUGCCGAAACAUUCGUGUCAAUGACCUUGGAAUGAUCAACAUGGACAACAAGAUCAGCUCUUUCCGCACCGACUGCUACAAGCCAACCAGCAAGCGCAUGGAGGAGUUCCAGUUCUAG